AAGCACACGGCCUCCACACAGCUACAUCCCACUUUGUCAGCUCAGUCGUUGGGGACAUCACAAGGAGGAGCAUGAAGGUGGCAAUCAUACUGGCUGUACUUGUGGCAGCAGUGCUCUGUGAAGACCAUCUGUCUGGCCAUCAAGAGGAACGCAGUCAAGAUCUCUCAUUGGUGAAGUUUGGGCCCCUCUGCAGUGGCAACCCCACCAACAGGAAGAGGGGAUGUGAUCGCCAUGGCUGUGGGGCCUAUGGUGCCAAACGCACACACGGAACCCACAAGGGCCUAGACAUUGUGUGCGGUGAUGGGGCGGUGGUCUACGCUCCAUUUGACGUGACGCUCAACGGCAUGGCAGCCCCCUAUCGCAGGCCUUCUGCAGCCCAGAAGCUCAUCAACAAUGGCGUGAAUCUCAGUGGUGGAGGCCUGUGCUUCAAGCUGUUCUACUUGAAGCCUGACAAGUACAGUGGCUCUUUGAAGAAGGGCCAGAGGAUCGGCGUGCUGGGCCCUAUGCAGAGGGUCUACCCUGGCAUCACCUCUCAUACUCACGUCCAGAUGUGCGACCGCUCCAACCCCACCAAAUACUUCUGAAAACUGCACACAGUACACUGGUGCAUUGUUAGUUCAACACCCAGGGAGACACAUUCAACACUCAGUGUCCAAUCAUCCAAAAAUCGAUCAAAAUCUAUUUUUAUAGCACACAAAAACUAACUACACAGUUGACUCAAAUUACUUUUAUUCACACACAUUUACACACCAGUCCUAGUAGUGUUGGUCCAACUCUCUUAGUGUUUAAUUAACACUGCACUCUUCACAGUGUUGCUGGUGUUCUGUCUAAAUGGCCUCCUUUGUCCAAAUGAGCUACCACUAGCCUGUUAAAGGAAAAUUCCAAUAUUUUUCAGAAAUAUUGCCAUUUUAUACAGUAACUCGCCUCAAUUUGAAUAAUGGAGUUUUACCUUCCUCCCGCCAUUCUCAGAAUCUUCUAAGCAUGUGUCAUUGAAACGGAUGCUACCAAAAUCUGAAUGCUACCAAUUGAACCUGUUUGGUACCAACUGGUCCCAUUUGGUUCAAUGAUACAUUCUGAACUAAUAUCAACAGAGAACAGCUGCAAGAACAUGAAAACCAUAAAGCCCAACUCAAUGGUAGGUGUAAAAUGAGCAUAUUUCCAAAAAUGGUGGAGGGCUCCUUUAACAUAGAUUUCCCCAUACCUUACCCCAUGAGAGGUUUGUGAGCUCAGCUGGAUGGGUAGGUCAUAUUGACAGGACGCUGGGAACCAUCGGCCGUCGACUGUCGACACACCCAAUCUGCUUUCCGUCUCUUCGGGUGGUCCAACUCCCAGGCUUCAUCUGAUCUAACACAAUAAACUCUUUCUUUACCGUAUAAAGCAUUAGGCUAUCUCCCAAGAGCUGAGCACAGACUUGGGAAGAGAAGCUGUUUGAAAACCCCUCUAAAUCUCAUGAUAAUGGUCUCUAAUUGAGUAAUCACUAAUCAUUAUUUGGUACAAUAUUACAGCCAUAGCUACCAAAACUUGGCAGAUGCAUCACUCAAGAUAGAUGCAUUUAAAGUGGCAAAGUACAUUAGUAGAGAGCGGAUUUCCUUGAUACAGUAAUGAUAAUGGGGUGGGAUUUGUUAUCAUUUCCAUUAAAGAUCCCACAUUUAUCAUCAGUGACACGUGCUUGACAGCUGUCUCGAGGCUGCUCAGUGACAAGAAAAAUAAUUGUCAUGACUAUUCUGAUGCGAUAAUUGUUUGAGGUGGAUGAUGUUAUUUUUGAGAAGACUAUAGCAUGCUGAUUAGAAAAGAAUGACACCAGCCUGACUGUGAGAUACCACAUAAUUUCUUCAUGUGUUUUCAACACCGUUUCACUUUCCAUUUCUUUGCCUUGUAUUAGCCUUCAAUGUUGAUUCUGCAUGAUUGUCCUUAGCUAUAUGGCUCAUGUUUAAUGCAUCUCUCAAAAAUAUAUAAACAAAUAAAAAUAAAGUAUUUUUCAGUUGCAAUGCAA